UAAAGAAUUUGUUGCAGGGGUAAAUAUUUUACCACGCACCCGCAUCCGGCUCAACAACAUUCCAACCAACAUGGCAAGCCGAAAAGGUUCACAGCAAAGCCGGGGAGAUGGUGAUAAAUACUCGGUGCUGUUGCCCACUUACAAUGAACGAGAGAAUCUACCGCUUAUUGUGUGGCUAUUGGUAAAAUACUUCGGUGAAAGUGGAUACGAGUACGAGAUUAUUGUCAUUGAUGAUGGAAGUCCAGAUGGGACACUUGAGGUGGCAGAACAACUGCAGAAGAUAUACGGAGAGGACAAGAUACUCCUUCGACCAAGAGCAAAGAAACUAGGGUUAGGAACUGCCUACAUCCAUGGCAUUAAACAUGCCAGAGGGAACUAUGUCUUCAUAAUGGAUGCAGACCUCUCCCAUCAUCCUAAAUUUAUUCCAGAAUUCAUAAAGAAACAGAGAGAAGGCGGGUAUGACCUUGUGUCAGGCACCCGAUACAGAGGAAAUGGGGGCGUAUACGGAUGGGACCUGCGCAGGAAACUCAUCAGUCGGGGAGCAAAUUAUGUCACACAGGUGCUGCUGAGACCUGGGGCAUCAGACCUGACUGGCAGCUUCAGGCUCUACAAGAAGGUGGUACUAGAGAGUCUGGUGGAGAGGUGUGUGUCCAAAGGCUACGUCUUUCAGAUGGAGAUGAUUGUCCGUGCUAGACAGCUGAACUACACCAUUGGAGAGGUUCCAAUUUCGUUUGUGGAUCGUGUUUAUGGGGAGUCUAAACUGGGAGGAAAUGAAAUAGUGUCGUUCCUGAAAGGACUGCUUACUCUCUUCGCAACAACAUGAUUUAUGAUGCUCUAUGUUUGGACUCAGCACUGCUUUUUAGUUUUUCAGUCAUGGCCUUUAGUGCAGUAAUUAACCUACAUCAAAAUCAGUGGCGUAGGACGCACCCCCACAAUCCACGCGAGGCUGGGGCCCCCAAGCUUUAGGGAGCAUCAAACAAACUUUUAUUUUGGUUGGGGAACCCCUAUAACUCAGGGAGCCUCCCAGAUAGCAAAUGAACACUUCAUAAGCCAUGGCAAAAUGUUUAGAAUUACAGGAAAUUUGCUUUAAAACUGCAAUAUUUUCUCUCACCCUCAUGGCAAAAUGUAUAGAAUAGCAAUAAAUUAGCUAUAAAACUGCAUAUUUUUCUCUCUGCCCCAUGGCAAAAUGUGUAGAAUUGCAGGAAAUUUGCUUUAAAACUGCAACAUUUUCUCUACCCCAUGGAAAAAUGUGUAGAAUUUAAGCAAAUUUGCUUUAAAACAGCAACAUUUUCUCUCAGGGGUGGGGGGGGCUUGCUUGAACGUUGCAUGGGGACCUCGCAAAACUGCACUAUGUCACUGAUAAAAAUGAGAGAAGGGGAAAUGGACAGACUAUGCUCCUUUCUAUGAGUAGUUGAUUAUUGACAAGUCAAAGCACAGAAAGUAAUACAUUAAAAUAUUCCAUCUUCACUGCCUCUGCUUCAGCUGGAUCUCCAAUCAUACAUAAAGAUGUUGAAGCAUCAAGCUUCUUCCUAUGUAUUAUUGUAGAUUGAUUAACUCCUUUCUGUUCAUUACUUUAAUAUUUUGAUGGGUUUACACUACUGGUCGAAAGUUUUAGAAAACCUACUGAUUCAAGGGUUUUUCUACAUUUUCCUAUAUUUUUCUCUCAAACAGCUUCACAAAGAAUGCUUAUCCAACAGCCUUGAAGGAGUUCCCACAUAUGCUGAGCACUUGUUGGCUGCUUUUCCUUCAUUCUGCGGUCCAACUGAUCCCUAACCAUCUCAAUUUGGUUGAGGUCGAGUGAUUGUGUAUGCCAGAUCAUCUGAUGCAGCACUCUCCUUGAUCAAAUAGUCCUUACACAGUCUGAAAGUGUGUUGGGUCAUUGUCCUGUUGAAAAACAAAUGAUAGCCCCAUUAAGCGCAAAUCAGAUUGGAUGGCAUAUUGCUGCAGAAUGCUGUGGUAGCCAUUCUGGUUAAGUGUGCCUUGAAUUCUAAAUAAAUCACUGACAGUGACACCAGCAAAGCACCCAAACACCAUCACACCUCCUCCAUGCGUCAUGGUGGGAACCACACAUGCGGAGGUCAUCCAUUCACAUACUCUGUGUCUCCAAAAAUCUCUCUUGGACUCAUCAGACCAAAGGACAGAUUUCCACCGGUCUAAUGUCCAUUGUUUGUGUUUUUUGGCCCAAGCAAGUUUAUUCUUCUUAUUGGUGUCCUUUAGUAGGGGUUUCUGUGCAGCAAUUCGACCAUGAAGGCCUGCUUCACGCAGUCCCCUCUGAACAGUUGAUGUUGAGAUGUCUGUUACUUGAACUCUGUGAAGCAUUUAUUUGGGCUGCAAUCUGAGGUGCAGUGAACUCUAAUGAACUUAUCCUCUACAGCAGAGGUAAUUCUGGGUCUUCCUUUCCUGUGGCGGUUCUCAUGAGAGCCAGUUUCAUCAUUGCGCUUGAUGGUUUUUGCAGCUGCACUUGAAGAAACUUAAAAGUUCUUGAAAUAUUCUGCAUUGACUGACCUUUAUGUCUUAAAGUAAUAAUGUACUGUCAUUUCUCUUUGCUUAUUUGAGCUGUUCUUACUAUAAUAUGGACUUGGUCUUUUACCAAAUAGGGCUUUCUUCUGUAUACCAACCCUACCUUGUCACAACACAACUGAUGGUCUCAAAUGCAUUAAGAAGGAAAAAAAUUCCACAAAUUAACAUUUAACAAGGCACACCUGUUAAUUGAAAUGCAUUCCAGGUGACUACCUCAUGAAGCUGGUUGAGAGAAUGCCAAGCCUGUACAAAGCUGUCAUCAAGGCAAAUGGUGGCUACUUUGAGGAAUCUCAAAUAUAAAAUAUAUUUUGAUUUGUUUAACACUUCUUUGGUUACUACACGAUUCCAUAUGUGUUAUUUCACACUUUUGAUGUCUUCGCUAUUAUUCUACAAUGUAGAAAAUAGUACAAAUAAAGAAUAACCCUUGAAUGAG